GCCCCACCGGUAGAAUGAACUGGGCGCUGUUGGUGUUGACUGUGUUGGCAAGGCGAUGCCUCUGCGCCUAUCAGCAGUAUGAGCAUCAGCAACAGUCUACAGGGUACCGGGGGCCGCCGGUUCUGCCGGUCAUUCUGCCGGGAGGCUUCAUUGCGGACACUGAAGAGGUAGCCAGGGCCAAGGACCUCCACUUCAACGCGUUCGCCCAUGCCGCCAGCUCAGUCAAGGACACGAGAUAUAACGCUGCUGAAGACGUCAAUGCUCGGUACACGCAACCUGUGCGUCAACAGCUUUACACGCCUCAGCAGAGCUACAGCCAGCCGCAGAGACAGCAAGACUACAACGUUCCUCAGCAGUAUACCGGGCCUUCGAGGUCGACAUAUCCAGAGAAGAAUACACAAGUAAUCAAUUACCAGCAGCCUGCCUACUCCUCACAGCCGAGGUAUCAAGGUCCUCCGGUCAUCCCCGUGAUACUGCCCAACGGCUACAUCGCAGAGACUGCCGACGUCGAAGCUGCCAAGGAACAGCACUUCCAACUGGUGGCGAAGGCUCAAGCAGCAGUAGCCAGAGCCCAAGAGAGAGCCAGUUCAAAGAAGUACGGAUACUCAGGGACGUACACUCGAGAGGACGAUGGAGGUCAGGAUUAUGAGGAACCUGAGCAAAACUACAACCAAGUGUACCGUCCUGCCCCUCAGGCACCCUUGUUCAGCCCUCCCCGCAAGCCUUACCAGGGCCCCCCAGUCGUACCCGUGGUGCUACCCUCAGGCCACAUCGCCGACACCGCUGAGGUUGCUGCCGCGAAGAUCUCCCACCUCCAACAGCUCCUGGAUGCCGCCCAGAAGUCUCAGCCCCAACAGCGGUACCACACAUCUGUAUAAGAUGUUGAUCUCAUAUACUUAUGUCGCCUAGCUAUAACAUUGCGCUUAGGUUAUCAAAUUGCGUUUUUUUCUGUGCACCAUUUCAUAAUCUAAUGUUUAAGAUAUAUUAAAUGAGUAUAGUUACCUUGUGAGUUGUACCAAAUAUUAUGUCGUUAAUAUUUGUUAUUAAGUAAUGAUAUUCGCAUUAUUUAGCUUAGGGAUAUUUUUAUACUGCUUUUCUAUUUCUUAGCUGUAAUAAUAUUUAGCUUCUGGAGCAGCAAAUGUAUUGUAUUUUUAGGUUAUUCUGAGCUGUGAUAAAUG